ACCACCGGGAUGUUUUCACUUUACGCUAAUGUCAGUGUUGAACGAUGCACGUCGGUAGCUCGGUGGCCAACGCGGCGGCAGGAGGCACUGACGGCUUCGAGGUCAACUUGAAAAAUUAACGUUAUCCGUCCGGCACCGGUGCGGGACGUGCCAUGCACUCUAGCUGGAGAUGAGAAUGAAACCCAGUCGCCAGUUCUUCCUGGGCCUGUGCUCCAUGCUGGCCCUGGGAUUCCUGUACAACUCAGGGUGGAUCAGUUUACGUGGAUGGGGCAAGGAUUCAUUGUAUGACAAUCAAGGGUUCCUUCUGAAGCUGGAUGGCGUCAGUCUGCCGUUGGAGCUGAUGUACAAGUACGGCAAUCUAAGCGAGGGAACCUGUAAGCCUGGUUUUGCCGCCGCCAAGAUGGCAGCCAUUUAUCCAAAGUUCACCAAACUGGCACCCAUGUUCCUCAACCCGAAUUACAAACGGUUCUCCAAGAUCGGUGAUUAUUCCCCUCCGUUUGGUGUAAAAUCACAAGAGAACAUCAUAGAUAUUCUCCUGUAUGCUACUAAGAGCUAUGGCCUCGGGGAAGAGUUCGAGAGCAUGAGCUGUAAGACGUGCAUCAUCGUGGGGAACGGGGGAAUCCUGGCCAACAGGUCUCUGGGACAAAGGAUCGAUGAGUUCGAUGUGGUGGUCAGGUUGAACGAGGCCCCGGUGAGGGGCUUCGAGAGGGACGUCGGCUCCAAGACCGCGAUGAGGAUCACCUAUCCAGAGGGGGCCAUCCAAAAGACAGAGCGCUAUGAGGAUAAGUCCCUGUUUGUCCUCUCGGCCUUCAAAGCUCUGGACUUCAAGUGGCUCCGACACAUGGUCUACAACCAUAAGCUGCACAGCACUGAUGGAUUCUGGAAGUCGGUGGCCAAGCAGGUUCCAAGGGAGCCCAGCGACAUGCGCAUCCUGAACCCCUACUUCAUCCAGGAGGCCUCCUUCAAGCUCAUCGGCUUGCCUCACAACAAUGGACAGAUGGGCAGAGGGAAUAUCCCCACCCUGGGGUCGGUCGCCAUAACUAUGGCCCUCCAUAACUGUGACGAAGUAGCAGUGGCUGGAUUCGGCUACAACAUGAGCACCCACGCCCCUCUGCACUAUUAUGAGAAGAUCAGGAUGGCAGCCAUCAAAGAGUCCUGGACUCACAACAUAUCUAGAGAGAAGGAGUUCCUGCAGAAGUUGGUGAAGGCUGGAGUCAUCCAGGACUUGACCAACGGGAUCUGCGGUGCAGGAUGCUGAUGGUCCUCACUCGGCAUCACAAUGGAUGGAUGGAUGGAUGGAUGGAUGGAUGGAUGGAUGGAUGGAUGGAUGCAGCGCUGUGCUCACCCUCCACCUGCUUCCAGCCCCUGAGGAGGACAACUCAAGGCUCCCUAGGCCGUGUUCCCAUCAGAGAGUCCCAUGCACUUUGUGUUUAUAUGAGCCUCAUUGACCAGAACACACUGCCCCAGAGUUGGAUAUUAACAUUUUGCAAGCUAUCUGCCUCUGUAUUUAGCUCGACCUUGUUGCAGGUUAUUGUAUAUUUAUAUGGAUUUGAUGCCCUGGCUCAAGGGGUACGUCCGCGGUGUGUGGGGAGCAAACCAGCGACCAGACCAGGCUGCCCUCCUUUUAGAACUACUGCAGGCAGGGGGAGAGGAGGCGAGGAGGAAGAUGAUGGGUUUAAGUAUUGAGCAUGUGCCAAGAAUACCUCUACAAGUGUCCUUCUGCUCGCGCAUCUGAAUGUAAUCUGCAUCAAACGUAUAGUAUUUUUUAUUUUUAUGUCCUCCAGUUUCUGCGUGACUCAGCCGUCCUGGACUAGACAUCUGUGGGUAGAUCCACUCUAUAUCAGAGCAACAUGGCAAUCAUCAGAGCUUGUUUACUGGAGUCGGUCAGAGUCCGUAUGAAGCUAGAAGGCUGUAGAUUGCAAGCUAAUGAGAACUGCCUCAGCAUGAACAUAGUUUGAGUUUAUUUGGGCAAUUUUAAAAAUACCCAAACAUAACAGAGUUAACAUAUAAUAAAGCCUCCUCCUAAAUAAUGACCCUCAAAUGCAGAAGAGUCACACCAUGUUUGUUCUUGACUAGGCAGCAUGAUACUACGAUCUUACCCCCCAAUGUGUACUAGAUGUGGCUGAUCCGCAUUUAGCUUCCAAUGUGGACGGCAGCAACGCAAAAUUCACUGCGGAAUGUACAUAUUUAUUCGCAAUUGACUAGACAACUGUUUAUGAUAUGAUGCAUUUAGUUUGCUACUGACUUUGUCUUAAUGUACACUAUUGGUCAAAAGUGUGGAAUCAGCUGUUAAACUGAUGUUCUUCUUUCAUUCAGUAAUAACUAGUAUAACAGAGAAGUACUGUAUACUGUAUAAUUCAGACACUAAAUGUGAAGUAGUUUUGGCCCCAAAAGAUGAAGAAUGAAGUGAUAUUAACUUCCAUUUAGUCCACGCCCCCACUGUUUUGCAUGACAGAGGCGAAAUCUGUUGGAACCUGAUUUUUUUGUUUUUUCCAGUACAGAAAAAACAAAAUAUGACCCUUGAUCAUUAUUAAACCACAACGGUGCAAUUGGGCUCUCAAUAUUAAAUUUGCUCGUCCUCUCAGCCCUCUUACUGUACCCAUCAAGCAUUUUUUUGGUGAGGAGAUUCCAAACUUUUGAACUGUUGUGUACAAACACCAAAACUGCUAGUUUUUCUUGUUUCUGUCACCAAUCAUAAAUGAGCUGCAACAUUUUUUUAUUUUCUGUAAAACACAAACAAUAUUGAAAUGUGUUUGUUGAAGAACAAACAUUGUUCUUCAACAAACACUCCCAGUGAACAUGUGAACUGUAACAGAGACGCGACGAAGCUGUGGUGCAACCAGAACGUGCUUAGCAGCAUCUAGAGGACAUGAAAGUCCAGUUUUAUGUAUGACUUGCAUCUCGGAUCAAACUGCUGAGUGUCACUGUUGUGUAGGCCAGACAAGUUUUUGAAUUAUACAAUACAUGUUCAGGGUCAGAGUAUUUGACCGGCGUAUCUUUAAGAUUGAAUAAUCACUUUUUCUUCCUAUCUCAUCAGCCCGUGUUUACCGCAUUACACACAAAGAAGAUGUUGUUAUAAUAGUAAGAAAGUGAAGUAAAUCACAGAUGUUUCUAUCCUAAUGUCGGCCAUGCAAAAUGAUUUUCUUGCAUGACUGGUAAAUUAAUCAUAUCACAAACCUGGGCCUUGUUAAUCAGACAGGGAUGGGUUUUGCUCGAUUUGACUGUGGGUGAUUUGACACGUUUGGAUUUUUUAAUUCUUCAACCCUGGCAUGAAAUUCAUCUUGAGCUGUUGUCAUAGCAACAUGUCCUACAGCUCAAGCUGCAUUGUGACAAGAUCAAGGUGAGCCCCAAACAUGAAGUUAGUUUGAGAAACAAAUGACUCUUAUUAAUAUGGUUGUGAAUAGAAACAUAUCGGUAGGAUUCAGAUUUUAUAUAAAAACCUUGGGAUCUGUUGGGACUGUCUUUAUAUAGCGCUUUUCUAGUCUUUAUGACCCCUCAAAGCCCUUUUCACUGUGCUUUGCACUGCCCUCUCCUGGUUCCAGUCCUACCUCUCCUACAGACACCAACUCAUCACAAACAACAACUGCGACCAAUGAAAAGUUCCUGUCACCCAUGGUGUCCCCCAGGGUUCAGUGCUUGGUCCCCUUCUCUUCAUCCAAUACAUGCUACCAUAAGGACAGAUGCUCCGCCGCCAUGGCCUACAGUUUCACUGUUAUGCUGAUGACACUUAACUUUACCUCUCCUCCAAGACCAUCACUGCGGCAGUAUCUGUUCAAGCGAUCACCCCAGUCCAAGAACCUCCACUGGCACCAAGUUAAACACGGGAUAAACUUAGAUCCUACUCACCACCAAUACGGCCCGCAACAACCUUGUUCUUCCUUGUUGAUACCAUUUAUUCUAAUACUUACUUAAUUUAUUCUUGAUUUUUUUCUGUCUGUAUUAAAGAGUUUACUGCUUGUUUUUCAGUAUGUAAAGGGUCUUUGAGGACUUUGAAAAGCGCUAUAUAAACCUGAAGUAUUAUUAUUAAUACACAAGCCAGCAUGUAUGACAUGUAGGCUGCAGGGGAAAGGGAUCCUACCAUCAAAAAAUGACUUUAGCACUGAACAAUAAUUUUGCAUUGACUUGAAGGCAUAGGGCAAAGUUAUGUUGAUGUUGACUUCAGACUCACUGUGAUCUCACUCUCUUCUAAUCAUUGCCCAGAAUAAUAGCAGAACACCAAAACGUUCCCCACUAUCACUUCACUAGGCCCUGUCAAGGGCUGCUAUCUCAGGCCCCUCAGCCGUCAGUCACAAUCAGUGUUACUAUCAAAGACAUGAAUUGAGCUUUAUGAAUCUAUCACUUUAUUAAGAUCAACUGUAUAAUGAAAUCUGUUUGUGUUGCUUUAUACACUCUGGCUAAGUUUGAGCUCACCUUGCUGUAGGCGUUUGUGGACUUGAUGAUGGUCAGAUGCUCAGGCCAAAGUAUUCAUAUCUUUGUCAGCUGUGUAAAAGAACAUGUUAAAGAAUAAAGAUAUAUGUGAUCCUGUAUUUAUAACAUGUUUGUCGGGUUUUUUUGUUCAAUCAAAUUGUGUUUAUCAACAAAGAAUUGUAUGCUGACAGUAAGAGCACAGCAGAUAGUGUUCAAAUACCAACAGCAAGUCAUGUGAUACAAGGAACACAACCAAGCUGAAGUUUUCUCUGAUUAGAGUCUCUCCAAUUGUUAAAAUAAAUAAU